AUGGUGGACUCUAUAUCACGUAUUACUUCUGCACUUGAAUCAGCCCGUGAAUUGACCCUUGAUGCUGCGGCAGUGGCCAGUUCGCGGUUGGGUGAAACGUCGUACCACAGAUACUCUCAGAAGAUUACCCCAGAAGGACUGCGGUCUUUACUCAGCUCACGCAAUGCUCGGGAGGUGCGCGAUGGAAUGAAAAGAGUGGCGUCUUUGAUGGCUUCGGAUGAUCCUAACGUGGAUCUGGAGCUGUAUUUUGCAGAUGUGGUCAAGAAUAUUGGUUCAUCUACAGAUAUCAAAGACAAGCGGCUGGUCGCAGUGUACCUGCUGCGUUUCGCUGAAAGACAACCCUCCUUAGCUCUGCUGGCUGUCAAUUCGAUCCAAAAAUCACUGGCUGAUCCGGACUCGCAAACGAGAGCUUUAGCGCUAAAGAUGCUGUCCGAUAUAAAAAUCGCGUCUUUAUACCCAAUUGUGCUACAUUCAGUGAAAAAGGCCGUGACUGACAGUGCUCCAGAAGUACGCAGCGCAGUAUGUUUUGCAUGUCUCAAGCUUUUCCGCGAGCAACGCGAUUCUUAUGCCGAUGAUAUCUAUCCGCUUUUGAAAGGUCUGUUGGCCGACUCAGAUCCUGCGGUUGUUUCGUCUGCACUUGUUCUUCUGAAGGAAGCAUUUCCUCAACAUUUGGAGCUCCUUCAUGGUCAUUUUCGUCGCUACUGUGAGAUCUUGCCUCAACUUACUCAAUGGUCACAAGCUUAUUUGAUUGAUUUACUUAUCGAUUACUGCAAAACUUACGUCGCAAGGCCGGUCUUGACAGAUGCCAGUGACCAAUCUCAAUCGACGGUUCUCCCAGAGGUAUUGAAUCCUCUCCCUUAUGCGAAAUUCAACGUCUCAAUAGAUCCAGACCUCAACCUGUUUCUCAAUUCAAUAACAAAAAUGCUCUACUCUCCGAAUUCGGCAGUCAUUAUCUCCAUAAGCAAGGCUCUUUUCGAAUUAAGUACGCCAACGGCUUUGAGGGACUCAAAAACUGCAGAUGUUUUAGCAAGGCUGAUUAGCUCACCUGGAUUGGCUAAUGACCAGGGUGCCAUCUUACAGUGCAUCUUAGUAUAUUGUACAGCGGAUCCUACCACAUUUUCUCCUUUUUUAAAGAAAUUUUUCCUCUUUCCUAGUGAUGAUACGGAUACGGCUGUUUACAAGCUUAAAAUCAUAGCAGCCUUGGUCAGUGAACUCAACAUCAAACAGAUUGUGUCAGAGUUGAAGUAUUACAUCACCGUCGAUAAGAGGUCGAGGGUGGUCCAAGAGGCCCUAAAUGCUUUAGCUGUGUGCGGUCAAUUUUCACAGAGCUUGUCCCUGCACAUUACAAAAUGGCUUCUGGACGGUCUAGAAAACCCGCUCUCACCGAGCGCAAUGAAUUCGUAUGUCAGUGUUGUAAGGUUCCUGAUUCAAGAAAAUCCUUCCCAGCACCUGGGCGCUAUGAUUCAAUUGGCCAAGACAUUACAGACGAGAAAUAACUUAUCUGGAAACGCAAAAGCAGGGAUAAUCUGGCUAUUUGGUGAAUUCGCCACUACGAAUUUCUCCGUAUGCCCCGACCUAUUGAGAGUUUUUCUACCCAGGUUUUCUUAUGAAGCUAAGGAGACUAGACUUCAAAUCGUUUUGUUUGCAGCCAAGAUACUUUCCUGUGAGCAUGACCUAAUGAUUAAUAAAAACAAAAGCUCUGAAGGUAUUCACGAUAUAGCCGAAUCCAGAAUUGGACAAAUGGCCCAGUCAAUUUUCUACCUAGCCAAAUUUGAUGACGAUUUCGAUAUCCGAGACCGCGCAAGGCUCUUCCAUUCCUUGUUUGACAAAGAAAGGUUCGAGAUUGCCUCUUUGCUUCUGCAAGCCCCCAAGCCCCCUUCUGUUACUUCAUAUUCCUUUAACACCCCGCAUGCUCUCAAUACAGAUUUACUUGCAAAGAUGGGCCUGGAUCAUGAUAUGGAAGAAUAUCUCACUUGUUUACCGUGGAGCGAAGAAGAUGUAGUCGAUAAGAGCUCAACACUACGGACACCUUGCGACGUGAAAGACUACAAUAGGCUGAAAACCAGUUUCUCCUCGGCAUCUUUCUUCCAUGGUGACGAUGAUCGACAUUCUACCCGUGGUAAAUCCGAGAACGCAAAGACCAUGACGGACACAUCACAUCGCGUUUUCACUUCAGCGCAAGGCAGAAAAUAUCAGCUUCAAAGCCUGGAUGAAUUCUUUUCGGACCUGCCAACCACAGAACGCAAGAACGGCCGCAAAGCUCAAGUUCAAGAAGAAUCAGACGAAGAAAGUGGGGACAGUUCUCAGGAAAGCUUUGAAAGUGACGAAUAUGGAAGCUCUGAAUCAAGUGAUAAUGAGCAGACAGAUGAGGAAACAGAUUCGGAUCAUGAAGAAGACAAUUUAAAUAAGGCCUAG